AUGGAAUACACGGUAGCGCAAUCAGACUCGAUUGAACGAAUUGCUGCAAUACAUGAUUGUACUGUUGGUGAUCUGAUGAAGAUGAAUCGACUUGCAACUCGAAUGGUAUUCCCUGGACAAAAGCUUAUUGUUCCUUGCCCGAUGGAUGAAAAUGAUGACAUUAUUUUGGGAAAUCGCCACUCUUCAAAUCAAGCCACAAUAGCUUCAGGAAGCAAUACACAUUCAACUGAAGGAGGUAGAAUUCGACGCGGACCUGGAAUGGCAGUUCAGGUGGGUGGGCGUGCUGCAACGAUAUCGGACCUUUCAAAAACUGAAUUGGAAAUACAAAGUGUAUCUCAAAUAUGUUCAAAGGAAGUUGAUUUGGCAGAAGAAACGGACACGGACUGUAUGAAGAGAUUCAUCAAGCUAAAGGUAAAACAAAUAACUGAGAUGAAUGGAACAGUGGCAGGCACUUUGUUGGUGACACCUAAUGCCUUGAUGUUCGAUCCGGACGUUGCACAUCCUUUGGUUCUUGAGAAUGGACAAGAUUUGUAUAUUAUGAUGGCCCGGAUGGAAGAAGUGAUGUCUGUAACAAUGUUUAAGAGUGUUGGAAGCGAUGCUAGGGAGGAUAGAGAAGUUCAUAAUCUCACUGAUCAAGAUUCAUCUGUUCCUGAAUGUGUUACCGUUCCUGCAACUAAGGAAAUUGUGAAGAAAACAUCGAAGAAUUUGGCCGAUGAUAUUUGUGCAAGUACAGUUGAUCAAUCGUCGAGAAUUUUUUUUGAUGACAUGGAUUUAGAAAUAAAACGAAAAGGAGAUCAAGAGGUACACGCUGAACACGUAAUUGUUGAGUCCGAUAAAUCGCUAAUUGUCGAAAAAGAAAAUAAAUUAGAUGAAGCUGCUACGAAAUUAUCUAAAACUUCUCGGCGCAGUUAUUCUGAUCUGUCGAACGGUUGGAAACAAUUUACAUGUGAUAUGUCGCGGCAGAAAGGUGAUGGAAUGAAUAGAACGUUUAUCUCAGAGAAUGGUGAGAACAAGCAUCAAUAUUCUUCGCAACCUUCGACCAGCAUGGAUAGUACGCGUACUGGGUUAACCUUUAAACCACUUUCUAAACUUGGAAGGACGUUAAGUAUUCAUGCAAACACAAUUCGUGGGUCCAUGACUUCUGGAGCCGAACGUAUGACACACUCAGCAAUGAGCGGUACAAAGUCAGUUGCUCAUGGUGUUGUUUCCCAUAGCAAAGCUGUUGCAGGUACACUACAAACUGGUAUCCAAACCAGUGUUAAAGUAGCAGCAAACCAUGCAAAAACUGCUGUUGGUGCAGUAGCUGCUAUGCCGCAGGGUAUCGCGAGCAUGAGUAGCGGUUUGUUCUCUGCAUCACAACAUCCUGAAGCAGCGUUUUUUCAAGAUAAAGCUGUUUCAAAGACACGGAAAGAGCAGGAUUUGGCUACAUUGUUGUUGUUAAAAGAAAAGACUCAACAGCUGCGAGAGGAAGCUGUAAGAAACAAACAUCUCGUUUGUGCUACUUCAAUGAAUGAGAUGCUGAACUUGUUCAAACCGACAUACGAACUUCUUCCUCCAUCACAAACAUUUUCAGCAACUCAAAAAAGUACCCUAACUGAUUCAUUGUACUAUAUGAUUGUUCGUCUGAAGAAGGAAAGAAAGUGUAGAAAAGGAUCAUCGGCGGCAAUCGAUACUGUGUGUUCAUCAUCAGUGAGCACCGAAAAUGUGAUCGGUGAUCCUGCAAGGCAAGAAUUCUGUUUUACUAUACCAAAACAUAAAGUUGAUGCCAUUUAUCACUUCUUGUUGCAGUGGAAUCCUGAGAAAUAUAGGCCUAGCACGCGGCAAAUGCAUCCGAACGAAUCAAUCGAUCAACAGAGAAUAUGCGAGCUACUUGAAGACUGUGGAUUUGUGGUCCUGGAUUCAGAAACUGACGAGAAAUUUGCAGACGAAAAUAGCGCAAAGAAAGGACGUUUCAUGCUCUUGGCGUACAUUUCAAACAUUAUGUUAGUGUUGCUAUGGAAUUCGCACAAAGCAAGAAAUUUCGUCAUUAAUUCGGAGACAGUUGUGCGCUGUAAGAAGGGGGUAGUUCCUUGUUCAAUUAUUAUCUCGUCAGUUAUCAUUCCAAUGGUCAUAUUAAUUAUCCUGCAUGAACUCACGGACUUUCAUUCUCCUCAAUGUACUAUUGCUAUAAUUUUGUUUCUCCUAAGAAAUACUGUAUUCAUUAUUCCGGCACACUCACCAGCUGCUUAUUGA